GUGUCAAAUUGAUAGAAGUUCUGCCUGCUGAAGUCAGAAGUGCUUGCUGAAGCCCCGGGUUUCAUGUAAAGAAAAACAAUUGAGUUUGGUUUACAAGUAAAUAAGGAGUCCUCCUAUUUGUUCGUACUUCGUAUUCCCAAUUUCUUCAAAAUGGUUGUGCGUCAGUACAAUGAAGAAUUGAAGUAUCUUGAAAAGAUCAAUCCAUAUUGCUGGAGAAUCAAAAAGGGUUUUCAGCCUAACAUGAACGUGGAAGGAGUUUUUUACGUAAAUUCGACUCUUGAAAAGUUAAUGUUAGACGAGUUGAAGAAUUCCUGUAGACCAGGAAUGACUGGAGGUUUUCUCCCGGGUGUGAAGCAAAUUGCGAAUGUAGCGGCUUUACCGGGUAUCGUGGGCCGGUCUAUUGGUUUGCCGGAUGUACACUCUGGAUAUGGUUUCGCUAUAGGGAAUAUGGCAGCUUUUGAUAUGGCUGAUCCACAGUCAAUUGUCUCUCCUGGGGGUGUGGGUUUUGAUAUUAACUGUGGAGUCCGCCUAUUAAGAACCAAUCUCCAUGAGAAAGAUGUCCAGCCUAUUAAGGAGCAACUUGCACAGAGUUUAUUUGACCACAUCCCAGUUGGUGUGGGGUCUAAGGGAAUAAUUCCUAUGAAUGCCAGAGACCUAGAAGAAGCUCUAGAAAUGGGAAUGGACUGGUCUCUCAGGGAGGGUUAUGUCUGGGCUGAAGACAAGGAACAUUGUGAGGAGUAUGGGCGUAUGUUAAAUGCUGAUCCUUCCAAAGUCAGUCUGCGUGCCAAAAAGAGAGGUUUACCACAGCUGGGUACCUUGGGUGCUGGUAACCAUUAUGCAGAGAUUCAAGUAGUAGAUGAAAUCUAUGAUAAAUAUGCUGCUGGAAAAAUGGGUAUUGAACGACUUGGGCAAGUGUGUGUAAUGAUUCAUUCUGGAAGUAGAGGGUUUGGCCAUCAAGUAGCUACUGAUGCUCUUGUUCAGAUGGAGAAAGCUAUGAAAAGAGAUCAGAUUGAGACAAAUGAUAGGCAGCUGGCUUGUGCUAGAAUCAAUUCUGUUGAAGGUCAAGACUAUCUCAAGGCAAUGGCAGCAGCUGGUAACUUUGCGUGGGUCAAUAGAAGUUCAAUGACAUUCUUGACCCGCCAAGCAUUUGCCAAGCAAUUUAAAAUGGCACCUGAUGACCUGGAUAUGCAUGUCAUAUAUGAUGUAUCCCAUAACAUUGCAAAGAUGGAAGAACAUGUUGUAGAUGGAAAAGUUAAGACCUUAUUAGUACACAGAAAGGGUUCUACAAGAGCUUUUCCUCCACACCACCCACUCAUACCUGUGGAUUAUCAGUUGACUGGUCAGCCAGUCCUGAUUGGUGGAACUAUGGGCACAUGCAGUUAUGUAUUGACUGGCACUCACCAGGGCAUGACUGAAACAUUUGGCUCUACCUGUCAUGGAGCUGGUCGAGCUUUAUCCCGGGCAAAGUCGAGGAGGAACAUAGAUUACAAAGAAGUUCUCACAAAAUUAGAGGAACUGGGUAUUUCUAUUAGAGUUGCAUCACCAAAGUUGGUUAUGGAAGAGUCUCCUGAAUCUUACAAGAACGUCACAGACGUAGUUAAUACUUGCCAUGCCGCUGGCAUCAGUAAGAAAACUGUGAAGUUACGACCUAUUGCAGUUAUCAAAGGCUGAUGUCAUUUUGUAUUUUUGAUUGUAUUGCAAUAUUUUCAUGUAACCACGAGACUACUUAAGUGAUAUUGUAUUUUUACUAUUAUUUAUAUAUACAUAAAAAUACUUAUUUUUAAUUUAAGUGAUUUUCAUACUUAAGUUUGCAUUUCUAAAUAAAAUAACAUAAAUAUUUA